AGUCAUGUACAUUAGAUUCUGCAUGCGUGUGUGCAACCAAAAGAGCAGAGAAUGUGUCAUUAGGAUAAGAAGAAAAAAUAGCGAUUGAGGUGCUCAAAUGAGGUCAAGGGAGGUGGCAACUCGUAUCAAAAAACGUUUGCCUCCACCAUCCAGACACACCUUUAGAAGAAUAUGUACCUAAUUGCCGGAGAAACAGGUGUGUUUGUGAAAAGGUCUCUCCAAUGACCCCAACCACGAGAGAAAGCAAGGCUCUUUGAAACACUUCCAAGUUCCCAACUUCAUCUCUGAGUCACUUUUUUCAAGCCUUAGUUUGAGAAUCCAUUCCCGUGCUAGUAAAUCAAGUGUUUAUCACCUCGUCUCCGCGAAAACGUGGCCUCUCUUCAAUGUGAAUCGUGAUUAUUAGCUUUCUCGAUUGUUCGUGAUCAUUCAGUUCGUGUGGCAAAGUGUGCACCAUUAAAAAUGACGAUAUUGAAGCAUUUCUCCAUGAAGAUCCCUUGGGUGUUUGUGUACUCGGUGUUGUUAUGUGUGACAUGGAGUCGUGGUGAUAACAGUGAGAAUUCAGGGCCGCUUUUGCCCGCAGCCUUUCAGGCCAAGCUUCGCCCGCAAUGUCCGGGAUUCGAACCCACGAUCUUCGAGCAACGUAUUCCACAGGGACGGUAAAAUGCCACAACGAUGAAGUACACUAAAACCGAUCCUGCCAUUGAGACUCUGGAAAUGUGUGUUCAAUCAUGUUGUGAGGAUAGAGCUUGUAAUGUGGCGUUCAUGUAUGAGAAAGAUCAAUCGCUCACGUGUUUUAAGUUGGGUUGUGUCCAUGAUUCACUUUGCCUUCCAACCCUCAUGCCCAAUGCGACCAACACCAAGGCCAAGCGUCACACCAAGAUGGUUCUUAUCCGUCCUUUCGAGCACAAAGCUUGGAGCGAAGUCCAAAUCACCGCUCAAACGAAAUCUGAUCAAGGCCAAAGCCCAGGAGGGACCAUUUGUGAAGUUGGGUUGGAUCUAGAGGCGUCCAAGAGGACAAAUAAACCACCCACGGUGGUUCUCCAACCCUCGACCCAGCAGAUCAAUCUACCCACGUCCAAGGCCAUCAUUGAUGCGUCGGCUUCCGUUGACGAUGCCACGCCCAAAGAUCAAUUGGUGUUCAAAUGGGAGCUCAAGUCUGAACCCUUGGGCUACUCCAAAGAUCUCAAAGAGACGGGUCCUACACUCACUUUGGAUGACUUGAUCGCUGGCAACUACAUUAUUCAGGUCACUGUGACGGAUGGUGAUGGGGCCAAGAGCGUCGUGGCUGAAGCUACCAUUGAUGUUGUGCCCGAGACGGAUUAUCCACCCACGGCUAAUGCUGGAGAGGAUAUCAUCCUGUAUUUACCACAAAGAGAAGUGACUCUUUACGGAAACAAGAGCUCUGACGACCAUGGAAUCUCGAGUUGGGAGUGGACCCGCAAAACCGCCACGGGCACAGAGGAACUGGCUGCAGACACCCAAAACAUGAGAACUCCCCAAGCUACCAUUUCUAACUUGGAGGAGGGCACCUAUACUUUCGUCCUCAAGGUCACGGAUGCCAAAGGCCAGUUCUCACAAGACGAAGUGAACGUCUAUGUUAAGGCUCCUACCAAUUUACCGCCCACGGCAAAUGCGGGUCCUGAUCAAGAGAUAUCCCUGCCCAAGACUUGGGUGAUCCUGGAUGGGUCUGCUAGCAAGGACGACGUCCAAGUGACCAAAUACAAUUGGACCCAAAUUUCUGGACCAAACCAAGCCAGUUUUAUGACCAAUAACACGGGAAGUGCAAACGCCACGGGCUUGACGAGAGGGGUCUAUGUGUUUCAAUUGGAGGUGUCGGACGAGCGGAAUAACACCGAUCAAGCCCAAGUGACUGUAACCGUGAAUCAGGAUGCCAAUAGUGCACCCGUGGCCGAUGCAGGCGAGGAUUUUGCCGUGACCUUGCCCGUGAACUCGGUGUAUCUGAACGGCUCCCUCUCCAAAGAUGACUUGAAAGUGACCAAAUGGCUGUGGACACGGGCGCCGAAUUCGUUGGCUGCGGGCAAGAUCGUAGGCAACACGGAUGUGCAGCCCGCUUUGCUAAUUGCAGAUCUUGUUCCUGGACAGUAUACGUUCGAACUCCAGGUGUGGGACGAGCAAGGGAAAUCCUCGAGUGAUUCCGUGACUCUGACGGUGAAGGAGAACCCGGAGAAGAAAAACGUGGUCCAAGCCGUGUUCAAUGCCGACAUCGCCUCGCUCACUCAGACUCAAUUAAGCAAUCUCAUCCAGGGUUGGGUCUACUAUUGCAUAGCAGUGGGCAGUAUAAAGUCAAGUUGUUGGACAUUUUUCCGCAACAGGAUUCAAAUUAUGCUGUGAUUCAUUUUAUUGUGGUACGCUCUACGACGAGUAUUAACCCGGUGGGUUCCAGUCCAAGUGCCUCUAGCUCAUCCUCGUCGGCCCUCGAUUUGGCCUUGGACGAUGCGGCCGUGGCAUCCGGCAAGAAAGUGGUCAAGGAGCUCAAGUCAAAGUUGAAGGCUGAUUCCGGCCUGCUCAGCUUCAAAUUCCUGAGCUUGGACACUCUGAUUUGUCAGAACGAGUGCUCCGGCCACGGGAAGUGCCACCAAGCUACCCGGACCUGUGUCUGUGAGCCGUUUUGGGUGGAGAAUUUUGUCAGAACCAAACUCUUCAUCGCGGGAGAGUAAUUGUGAUUGGAGUGUAGUUUAUGUGGGCAUUUUUAUGGCUUUCUAAUUUGGCGCAUGGUUUGUGGAAUCUGCUAUCUGUCUUGUCUCAAGAAGAGGGGCCAAAACGUGAGUCCAAAGUUGGGACUCGCACCCGUGGAGCCCGCACUCGCCAAAGAUACUCCCGAUUGCAGCAAAGCGAACCCGGCAUUGAACUUAGAAAUGCCCAUACUUCGAGUAUCAUGAUCUCGGAGAGUGACUCAGAAGACGAGAUCAGCUUUGACAGCCCCAAGAUUUUGAAUGGCACCACUGUGAGGAAUGGUAAUACCACCAAAAGAAACGGAUUUGCACGGAGUCAAAAUGCGUAAAUUGAGCGGAAAAAUUAAUUACACAGACCCGCCACUAUUUUGACAAUGUCUCUCAAAACAUGCAAAUUGCGAUUAAAACGAGAGAUCUAGAGUGUGAUCUUCUAAAAAGUAA